AUGGGAAAUAUACAGUCACAUCAGACUAUAAAAAGGAUAAUAAAAGCCUUGUUAAAAAGCACUGGGACGCCGGUUGCAGGACAAAAUAUUUCUGACUUUAUUGACAUUGUAAGGAGCCAUACGCCUUGGUUUACUGAGGAAUGCCUCCUCACACAUAGAAAGUGGAGAGAGCUGGGAAAACAUCUUAAGGGAAAGAAGCUCUCACCAGAGGUAUGGCGCUUGUGGCGAUGCAUUGAUCAGGCUUUUGAAAGUGAUCAGGAGGAGGUGGUACAGUGUUUGCUAGCAGCAUCUGAAUGCAUGGAAAAGGAGAGCAGGGCUAAUAGCCAAAGAGGAAACAGUGCGGCUGAGGAGGUUACCAACCAAACUGGGCAUAGGAGGCCCGCAGUGGUGCCCUCAGCCCCACCAGAACCUGAGCCCCCAGAACCUUGGUGGGGGGACGGGCCACCUCCAGGUUAUCCCUCUGAUGGUGAGGCCACGUCCUCCUCUUCCUCCUCCUCUUCCUCGAGUGAGACAGAAGCUGACACGGAUACGUCUUUAGUUGGACCAGACAGGGGCAGAGACAGAGCUAAAAGGAUUGGAGAGAGGAGACGCAAACAGCCUACAGGCCAGCCCAGAGUACUUCAGCUAUUGCCUACGGAACAGCCCCAUCCUUCCUUAAGAAUAAGACCAGAGUGGGGGUUUCAUGCUCGUGCGGCAAGUCAGGAGAGGAAAAGAAAGAAACAUGCUAGAGGGUGGAAGGAAUUUAAGGACCCAAAGGCAGUCUUCCCAGUCACAGAGGAUGCCAAUGGGGAUAGAGGCUGGGCCCCCAUAGACUUUUCACAGCUCAAGGAACUUCAAAAGGCAGUCACCAUGUAUGGACCACAGGCCCCAUUUACUUAUCAAGUUCUAGACAUGCUUGCCAGCCAGGGACUUACACCUAAUGAUUGGCGUAAUCUGACACGUGCUGUUCUCGCCGGAGGGGAUUACCUCCUCUGGCAGGCGGGGUUCCAGGAGCUGGCUAGAAGCAAAGCUGCUAAAAAUGCCCGUUCUGAUGGGGCCCGUAGGCAUUGGACUGAGGCCAUGAUUUUGGGCAUUGGUAAUUUUAAUACCGAUGCAGUGCAGGUUAGGUACCCAGUGGAACUUCUACAACAAAUUAAGAACUGUGGUAUGCGGGCAUGGAAGGUGAUACCUAAAAAAGGGGAAAUUCGGUAUAGUCUUACAAAAAUUCUUCAAGGACCCAAUGAACCUUAUGCGGACUUUGUAAAUAGGCUUUAUGAGGCUGCUGGGAACUUGUUCGCAAAUGCCGGGGAAGCAGCCCCUCUAUUACGCAAAUUGGCCUAUGAAAAUGCGAACAAGCAUUGCCGUGAGGCGCUGUGGCCCUGGCAGCACAAAAAUGUAACAACUUUCAUGAAAAUUUGCAGAGAUGUACAGGAUGAUGUCGCAGCUGGAGUAUACUCUACGCGGCUCGAGACUCAAAAUGAGCGUGCCAGGCGUGCCAGUAAUCGGGCUGGUACCUGUUUCAACUGUGGCAAAGUUGGGCAUUUCAAGAGAGAAUGCAUGGCUCCUAGAAGCCGAGCUUCUAGCAAUCAGCCAGGGUUGUGUCCCCGAUGUGGCAAAGGUAAUCAUUGGGCCAGUGAUUGUUACUCAAAAAAGGAUAAACAAGGAAAGCCCCUAUCUAAAAGAAGGACUCAAAAAAACUUCCAAAGGGCCCUUGCUGCCAGGGCCCGACCCAAGGCGUCACUCGAACACAGGCAGCCACGAUUUCAGACACUCAGCGAUUCCGAGUAA